AGUAAACCCUUGAGUUCCAGUGCCUUCUCCAAGAGAUGGAGCAUGAUCCAUUGCAUGUCCACUGAGAACUCAUUCUGCUGAAUUCUGUGGGGCUAAUCCCAGGUUUCAAAAAGAAUCAGGAAGCAUGAAGGUCAAACAUUUUGCUCUGCUGUGUGUCCUCAUGAUGUUCUCUCAGCUGCUACAAGCUGAUAGUGAAACAGUGAAAGAGAGAAAAAGAGAGAGACCGAAUAACAGCAGAGGGGGAAAAGGCCAGCCUGGAUCUAGUAAGAAUGCCAGGGGCCAGAGAAACAGAGGACAAAAUGGUUCUCCCAUGAAAGGGAAGUUUACCACCAAAGAGAAGGCUGAAUGCUCCUGGAGUGUAAAUGAGAAAGAGACCACUCUGCUAACAGUGGACUGCAAAAGAGGUGAAGAUGCCUUCUCUUGUGCGUUUUCUGGCAGCCCUUCUACCUGCCAGCGGUAUACAGAAAACCAGAAGGUCUUCUGGAAGGAAAUCACUCGAUCCCUAAAGAAGCAGAAGAAUCUCUGUAAGGACCACAAGGCUGUCUUAAAGUCUAAAGUCUGUAAGACUGGGCCACCAACCGCCCAUCUUAGACUGAUUAUGGAUGCCAAGCAGGAGACCUCAAACAAAGAACCCAUUGACUGUGUGGAAGAUGUUGAUUACGUGGAUCAGAAGAAGGUGGCUGAAGCACACUGCUCCGAGCUGUGGCAACCUCUUUGCCACUUCUUCAUUUCAAUGAUACAAGAUAAAAAGUGCAGCUAGAAAGGCAAGGAGGCUGGCCGAAGGCCUUGGGUUACUAGAGUUACUACGGGCACAACGGUCUUAACCAACAGUAUCAAGAACAAACAUUCUGGAUUGUUCUCUGAUGCAUCCAGUCAACCACCACUUGGAGAAGAAAAUGCAAUGUGUUUCCUUCUUUUGCUGAAAAAAAUCUGGCUGUAACUAUUAAUCCCCUCCACCCUUCAUCCCAUCCUUCCUCCCACUGCAUAACUCGGGAGAAAGGUGCUAUAUGAAAGGGAUAAAUUUGAUGGAGGGGUUGCCAGCAACUGCUUUCUAUGUUAUAAUGUCUGACGGGAAUACAAAGGCACAUUUUUUAUUAGGCCAACAUGAUGUUUGCAAAACAGUGCACAAGGUUUUCAGAUGUCUAAGACCACUUUAUCAGCAAGAUAAUUCAGAAGAAAAGGAAGUGUGGGUGGAGGGGUGAUAUAAUGUGUUUAUAUAAAGGAAGUGCCAAAAUGAGCAUUUUCAUCAAAGAUACAAUAAAGAAUAAAUUUAUUUCCCAAUGGAGCAUGGUGUCCAUGGGGGGGGUCAAAAAAGUCAAGAUGGAGGCCACAGCCAUGUAAUUGAAGUCCCAUCCCCAUUGUGGCAGAUGUAAAAGAGGACAGGGCUUGGAGAGAAAUGGAUUUGUAUAGUGUGCUAUGCAGAUGUUACAAAGGUGUGAAAAGCUCCAUGUAUUUCUUCGUUCUCCCCUGCAUAUUUCUAGCCAAAGUGAUAAUUAUAGUGUUAGGCACUUUUUUCUUACUUUUGACUGUAGAUUGCUAAAAAUAAAGGUAAAUACCUUUUAAAACUGUU